AUGUCUUUUACCAAGGCGGUUUUCUCGUGGCGUGUUUCCUGGCUUUCGGCCUUUUGUUUCGUUCCACGCAAAAUAUCCAACGAACACUUUGAUUUUGAACUGUUGAUCUACUAUAUGCUGAGAGUCAUGGAGUCAUAUCUGAAUCAUCCAUUUGAACUUUCAUUUGGUUUGACAUACGGCGGUGCUCAUUGUGAAAUCCCGGUCAACUGGUUGAAUCAGUUCUUCCAGCUCGUUUUUACUCAAAUGGAUGAUCAUUUGGUGGAUCCUCAUUUAUUUAAUCCAAACUUUCAUUUGCAACGUUAUAUUCGUAAAUUUCCUGAAGUAGUGACUAAUGAUUUAGUUACACGAACCCGGUCUGUCGUCAGCAUAAGCGAAUUAAGUAAUAACAUUGCUUUGUCCGAAAUUCGUUUACCAAAAGACUCCUGGAAUGGCUGUUAUAAUCGCUUUCCUGAUUAUUGGCCUCAAGACACAUAUACCUGUUGGUAUAAAGACCAGAUUCGCGAUCAGGAAAUUUUCUGGUGCUUAAACACAUUUUUAAAUAGCGUCUAUAAUUUGAAUGAUUUGGUUGACGUAUUUCUGUCUUUUAUUCCGGAAAGUAAGAGAGCAUCAGGAAAAGGUGGGAUUCAUAUCACGCACGAUGGUGGUAUAACUACAAUGAUUCCUUCGGUGCCAAAUUGGGACGUUGUUUACAAAUGCUUAAUGGAACGAAAAAAACAGACUUCCAAUACUCACCUUACAGAUCGCAAUCAUGCUAUAGAUUUAUGUAUUCCUCACAACAGUGUCAACUUUAUUGUUAGCACGAGUGAGCAUCUAGCUAAUAGCGAAACUCAUUUGACAUUAGAGUUUUUGAAUGAAUGUAUAGUUGGGUUUAACAGAUCAAGCACAGAGACAUCUCGACAAAUGAUUACGUUGGAAUACAUGGUACCGUGGUUGAAGAAUCUUGUCUUCUUUACCUACUCUCUUAACGGAAAAGAUGCAUCAAAGGUAAAAGAUGUCAUUCGAUCUUUGAUUACUAUCACAGCUGAAAAAUCCGAGGUGUAUGAGCAUAUUCAAAAAAAUAUCUGGAAUACUUUAAAGGAUAUCGAUGAACUUCAUAAUUUAGUGAUUGAUUCACUUAUUCAGUUCUCAGUCGAAAGUGGUAUUAGGUCAUCGCAAGCGGAAGCUAUUGCUGAUACGCUUGUUAUAAUGAAUUGUAAUGCUAUCCGAGGAAAAGUGAUUAACCGAAUGCGCAGAGUACUUCAAAGUACGUCUCACAACUGCAAGCAAACCCUAAUCAAGCAUCAAUCGUGGCAUGAAAUUGGUUGUUUGGUGCGCUUCAUGCUCACCAUAUCAUUUUAUACUGAAGACAUUGAAACACCUUAUGUCGCAGAAAUACUCCACAUUAUAUCGCUGGUAGUCUCAACCGGACCAACCUUUAUUCGAUCAUCUGUACAUGAACUUGUUGUGAACUUUAUUCACGCACUUGUAACAAACAAAAAUAUCCGCCCGGAAAACCGAAAGAAGCUGAAAUAUGUCUUGAACGAUGUCUGUGACGGAAAGUAUCGUGUACAUUUUGGCCUUAGUAAAUCCUAUGCCAAUGCGUUUACAAUUACUGAGGAGACAAUGACAGACAAUGUUGAAAACAUGAGCCUGGGAUCGCUUGAAGUAAUUGUUCGUCUUUUAUUGGAUGCUACAAACUAUGCUGCACCAACGAUAGAUGCUGCAAAUACAUGGCACGCUCGAUGGAUGAGUUUGGUUACAAACAUGGCCUUCCGUUUCAAUCCAGCUCUUCAGCCUAGAGCUUUUGUUAUUUUAGGUUGUCUGGCGCAAGACGAAAUUGAUGAUGAUCUUUUGUUUCAAACUUUCAUUGUUCUUCGAAAUGAAUUAGCGCGCUUUAAGGAAACAGAUCCUUAA